AUGGUUGCCGAAACCAAGCUAUACGAUUCCUUGAAUAUCAAACCAGACGCGUCACAAGAUGAAAUCAAGAAGGCCUAUCGAAAGGCCGCCUUGAAAUACCACCCCGACAAGAACAAAGACAACCCACAAGCCUCCGAGAAAUUCAAAGAAGUCUCCCAGGCUUACGAAGUGCUCUCCGACCCCGAAAAGCGCAAGGUGUAUGAUCAAUUCGGUCUCGACUAUCUCAUGCGGGGUGGUCCCGCUCCUCCGCCCGGCGGCGGUGGUGGUGCCGGCCCCAACCCGUUCGAGGGUGGCAUGCCUGGCGGAUUCUCCUUCGGUGGUAUGCCUGGCGGUGGCGGAACUCGUACAUUCCACUUCUCGACCGGUCCGGGCGGCGCCGGCGGGUUCAGCUUCAGCAACGCGGACGAUAUCUUCCGGAACUUCGCCAAGAGUAGCGGUGGUAUGGGUGGCGGCCUAGACGAUGACGACUUCCUCUCGUCCAUGUUCGGUGCAGGCAUGGGCGGAGGCGGCGGUGGUCCUCGCUUCCGUACCAGUCGCAGCAGCGGCGGCGGCGGUCCUGGUUUCCAAAAGGCCCAGCGGGCGCCGACGCCCGAACCCACGGUCGUCGAGAAGGAACUCCCGCUGACCCUGGAGGAGCUGAUGAAGGGCACGACCAAGAAGGUCGUUGUCAAGAGCAAGACGUUCGAUGCCAGCGGGAAGCGCUCAGUCCAGGAUGUCACGCUGGAAGCCAACAUCAAACCUGGUCUGCGUACCGGCUCGAAGAUUAAGUACCGCGAUGUCGGUGACCAGGAAGAAGGGGGACGGCAAGACGUCCAUCUUAUUGUGACAGAGAAAGAACACCCCACCUUCAAACGUCAGGGCGACAACCUUAUCACCACCGUCGAAAUCAGUCUCAAGGAAGCGCUCUGUGGCUGGGAGCGCAUCGUGCGUACCAUCGAUGGCAAAUCUCUCCGUGUCAGUAAGCCCGGUCCGACCCAGCCAGGUUACGAAGAGCGGUUCCCCGGUCAGGGCAUGACGAUAUCCAAGAAACCCAACGAACGCGGCGAUCUCCUCGUCCGUGUCAAGGUCAACUUCCCUAACUCGUUGACACAAUCACAGAAGGACAUCCUGAAGGACGUUCUUCCGUAA